AACACGGUCAGAGAUGGAGUGUAGAUGAGAGCAGACAGGUGUCCUGGAGCUCUUCACACAGUAGUCGUGCGGACUAAGGAUCAGACAGGGGUUCAGAUCGCAUCGGCCCGGCUGCUGGAGCUGCAUGCUCGGAGAGGACAGGGGGCCUUUGAGAGUGUUUUGACUGACUCGGCACGAACAGACGCACACCAGGUUUGAGACCAGUGUUAUGAUUCACCGCACAGAGGAGCAGCACCGGCAACUUCUGUCUCACACUAUUCACACUUCCUAGUGGAUCCAUUGUCCUGCAUUCAAGACAAAUCUCCAGCUCCUAGAAACCCCUUCCAACGAGUCUAUGCUAAAACCAAGAACCAUAUAUACCCAUCAUCCUCUACAGCCUGACUGCAGUCUAAGCACUUCAACAGGUACGCCCUCUGCUCGAGUGUGUGUCGGUGUGGUCGGAGCGUGCUUGUGUGUUCAUGCAUGUUGGAUGCAGGUGGAUCACGGAUGCGUCUUCAAGCUCUUCAUCAAGGUUGUGUUUUGUGAGGAGUCUGGACCGCAUCAGCAUUCUGGAUAUAAUUCCGUCCCUGUGGAUACGGACACACAUUAACACAGACACAUCCGACUGCUGUUAAACCUCCGUUUCUGUAUCUGUUCUGGGAUUUUCCACUGAGGAGACAUUAAGACAGGGGAAUGUGGACCCGGGAGAGAACGUGUCUCCAUCUCCUGCAAGAUUCCUUGUGAACCAGCCUCCAUCCUAAAGAGCAGAGAAGCGUUUACUGCCCAAGAAAGAGACUCGUACAGGUUUGGAACAACUUGAGGGUAACCGGUAGGAUGGUAGCAGGGGAAGUGAGUGGGCACAGCUUCCUGGUGGCAUGCUGGCAGCCCAUUCUAAUCUUGAUGCUGGGCACAGUGCUGUCUGGCUCUGCCACGGGCUGCCCAUCACGCUGCGAGUGCAACGCUCAGGAGCGCUCGGUCUUAUGCCACCGCAAGAAGCUGAUGUCCGUUCCAGAGGGAAUCCCGUCGGAAACACGACUCCUGGACCUCAGCAAGAAUCGAAUCAAAACCAUCAACCCAGAUGAGUUCUCUGCCUUUCCGCACUUGGAAGAGCUGGAGCUCAAUGAAAACACCAUCUCGGCCAUUGAGCCCGGCGCCUUUAACAAUCUCUACGGCCUGCAGACUCUGGGACUACGCAGCAACAAGCUGAAGCUCAUCCAGUUGGGAGUGUUCACAGGCCUCAGUAACCUAACAAAGCUGGACAUCAGUGAAAAUAAGAUCGUAAUUCUGCUGGACUACAUGUUCCAGGACCUCUACAACCUGCGCUCUCUGGAGGUUGGGGAUAAUGACCUUGUCUUCAUAUCCCACCGGGCAUUUCAUGGCCUCAGUAGCUUGGAGCAGCUUACGCUAGAAAGGUGCAACCUGACCUCUGUCCCGACAGAGGCCUUCACACAUCUGCACAGCUUGGUUACGCUGCGCUUGAGAAACCUCAACAUCAACAGCAUCAGAGAUUACAGCUUCAAGCGGCUGUACCGUCUCAAAGUCCUGGAGAUCGCCAACUGGCCCUACCUGGAUACCAUGACCACCAACUGCUUGUAUGGAUUGAAUCUUACCUCCCUAACGAUCACUAAUGCAAACUUGACGUCGAUUCCAUAUUUAGCUUUGCGACACCUGGUUUAUCUUCGUUUCCUCAACAUGUCCUACAAUCCCAUCCAGAUGAUCGAGGGCAACCGGCUCCAUGACCUGCUCAGACUGCAGGAGUUCCACCUGGUGGGCGGUCGACUGAUAAUGAUCGAGCCCUACUCCUUCAGAGGACUAAACUACCUGAAAGUCCUCAAUGUCUCCAGCAAUGCCCUUACCACCCUGGAGGAGGCUGUGUUCCAUUCGGUGGGGAACCUAGAGACCCUCGCAUUGUAUGACAACCCGCUGGCUUGUGACUGCCGUCUGCUUUGGGUUUUCCGUCGCCGCUGGAGGCUCAACUUCAACCGCCAGCAGCCGACUUGCUCCUCACCCGAGUUCGUUCAAGGAAAAGAGUUCAAGGACUUUCCUGACGUGCUUCAGCCCAAUUACUUCACGUGUCGCAAGUCUAGGAUCCGUGACCGGAAGCCACAGCAGAAGUUCGUUGACGAAGGCACCACCAUCCACUUUGUGUGUCAAGCGGACGGAGACCCGACGCCCGUCAUCAUGUGGCUUUCCCCACAAAAACAGUUCAUCACCACGAAAACGAUAGGACGGCUCACUGUUUUCCCAGAUGGCACCCUGGAGGUGCGCUACGCUCAGAUUCAGGACAAUGGGACUUAUGUGUGCAUUGCCAGCAAUGCUGGUGGAAAUGACACCGCUUUGGCCCACCUGCACGUCCACAGUUACUCACCAGACUGGCCCAACCAACCCAACAAGACCUUGGCGUUUAUCUCCAACCAACCCAACGACAACGGAGCCAAUGGAACGAGAGCAACAGUCCCGUUCCCGUUUGAUAUAAAGACGCUAAUCAUCGCCACCACUAUGGGCUUCAUCUCCUUCUUGGGUGUGGUUCUGUUCUGCCUGGUUCUGCUCUUUCUUUGGAGCAGAGGCAAAGGCAACAGCAAACACAACAUUGAGAUAGAGUACGUCCCGCGCAAAUCGGACGCUGGGAUGAGCAGCAGCGGCGCCGAUGCCCCUCGGAAAUUUAACAUGAAAAUGAUAUAAUCCAGCCAGGGAGCUCAAAAGAACCCUUUCAAAAACUCAUAAAGACAAAAACAAGAGAUUCCCUGCCUGAACAACCUCUGGCUCUGACGAGCUCCCCAUAGAGGAGGGGUGUUUUUCCCCCUUUCUAAAGAUGGAUGUGCGGCACUGGGGUCGGUGCUUUUGUUCAAUAUUGAACAUGAGAGGGGGAAAAUGUCCUCAAACGCACUCCUCUGUGAUGCCGCUUAAACUCAGCCUACGGGGACCAAUAUCUUUGAGAGAGGAUUUUGUUUUAAAACACUUAAGUUCCUGUGGAUUUUUAUGGGCAAAAAACAUGGAAAAAAAUGAAAAACCGAACCUCCAAAAUGUUUUAUGUUGACCUCUAGAAUGCAAAGGCAGAGCAUCCUUCUCCCUGCUGUCCUGCAUCCUCUUUGUUCGUUUGUUUAUUUGGUUAACCCAUUCAUUUCUUGUUUUCUACUAAAAUGAAUAGUUUUAUGAAAGAAUAACAGUAGAUAAAUCAGGGGUGAAAAGCACAUUUAACGAGCCUAACAGCUGAAUUUCCCCAAAUUCGUCUUCUACAUUGUGUCUAACAACAGAAUGUGGAAUAUAAUAGAUUGCAUUUCCAUUCCUGCCAUAGAAAAUGUGUGUAUAGUGCAACUUUUUACCACACAUUCAUCUGUACUCUGCUGUCUGGUUCUCAUUUUGCUUUCAGAUCCGUAUUUUAAAUGCAUUUGUUGGAUAAGCCAAGGGAAUUUUAUGACUCAAGCAUCUGGAUAAACAAGUACAGGUUGUUUAUUGUUGGAUUAAUGGCUAGGCAAGUGAAAUCAGCGGUAAUUAUGUAACUUUUGUUGUGUGUUUUGCUUUAAUUUUAUAUAGAGAUGAUCACUGUAGCCUGCAGUGAGAAUUUCUGUUUGCCUGGUCAGAUUUUAAACCCAUUUAAUGGCACUGCGGCAUCACAUUUUUAUAUAACAAACUCCCUCAAAGUUUUAUUCGCCUGAGAAGCUAAACCGAGAAUGUACAGCUCUAUCUCAGAGUGUGUAUGUGAGACAGCAAGCGAGUUCGUAACAGAAUCAAUCAUUUCAUCAAAAGGUGAGAGUGUUAAUAUGCUCAACAGCACUCAAUCACCUUUACCUGCUGCGUCUCACACCUGUCUCACACUCUCAGAUCUGUCUCUUGGGUCUUACACCUGUCUUAUGGUUUUAGACUUGUCUUACCGGUCACAGUUCUAGUUUUCUUUACAUUAUAUGAAGCAUUGGUGCCCAAAGAAACCAUUUUAAAGUUAUCCAGCACAUCUAAGGACUUAGAUGGUGCUGGUUUGUUACGAUGACAGAUAUCUAUACUAAGAAUGAGUGCUCUAUGAUAGCGUUGUUUAGCGUCUGUUUCCACAGGCGGAAAUGGCGGCACGUUAUUCACGGCAGGCAACAUUUGUGAAUAAAGAAGUGGGAGUAAAUUGAAAGUAGGCUGUUUGUGCUGACAAGAAAGCACAAUGGUGCAGUGCUAGACAGAGGCUAGUUAAAAUGGAUUGGUUAGUGAGUAUGAAGCAGGUUUUUAAGCUGAAAUGCAAAGGUUUAAUGAAUUCGCUCCACAGCCCAGCUGUGUUUUAAGUGUGUGUUUAAUCUGGGCCAAGCAGGGCAGGUGAUUUCCAUGGAAGGACACUGAGCUGUGUUUAUGCACUGGAUUUUGCUCCGGUGUAGAUGCGUUUCGCCUCGCUAAGUGGUUUGUACUGCUGACUGAGGCUGCAGAUGGAGAAGCUGCACAGAUGGUUUAACCCUUACUGAUCCACUUUAGAGUUAAUCUGACACUUGCACACACACGCACACCUGAAUCUUUCUCUGAUCCUCUGCCUCUGUGGUCUACCUGCUGUUUUCAUCCUAUUACGUCGAAUAAAUCUUUAUAUGACCUCUGCCCUCUCCGACAUUCAGCCCAGGAUGAUGAUGUGCAUUAAUGUGGUCCAUAAUAUUCUUUUAUACUAAAGAAAAAAUGGAAAAAGACCUGAAAAGGUGAAAAAAUCUAGUAUGAAAAAUGUUUAAAUUGUUCUGUGCAAUAAAAGUAAUAUGCAUUUUGUUUUCUUUUUUUUAAUUAACACAAUUUUAUUGAUGUUGAAUUGUUGAAAAUAUGGUAUGUUGUAUUAAACAAUCUAUGGAGAUUUUUUACCAAAAA